CACAACUCCAAACCAAGUUCCAUUUUGUCCUCCAAACCCCAACAUUCUUUCUCUUGUGCAUUUUUUAUGGCAAAUUUUGUGCACAUUUGCUCUCUUCUCAUUCUUUUGCUUGUUCUUGAUGCCACCACACAAACCCUUUGCCAUUCCAAAGGCUUGAAACCAAAAAGAAACACAUGGAAGCAAUUGGGGGUAAAUUUGACACAAACCCAACAAUCGGAACAACAAUUCAUGAAAUGGGUCAAUUUCGUCGGGAGUUUAAAGCAUUCCCUUUUCUCGACCGCCAAGAACAAGCUUUUUCCGUCGUUUACGCUCACUGUCGACAAGAAUCCGGCCACCGGAGACUUUACGACCAUUCAACAAGCUAUUGAUUCGCUCCCUUUUGUGAAUCUUGUUAGAGUUGUCAUCAAGGUUCAUGCCGGAGUCUACAAGGAGAAGGUAAACAUACCGCCAUUGAAAUCGUUCGUAACAAUAGAAGGUGCAGGUGCUCUGAAAACAAUCGUGCAAUGGGGGGAUACUGCUCAAACCAUCGGUUCAAAAGGUCGGCCCAUCGGCACCUUUGGUUCAGCCACUUUUGCGGUCAAUUCCCCCUAUUUCAUUGCCAAAAACAUCACGUUUCAGAACACAACACCGGUUCCGCCACCGGGAGCGGUAGGGAAGCAAGCGGUGGCAUUUAGAAUAUCGGCGGACACAGCAGCGUUUGUCGGGUGUCGAUUUUUGGGUGCACAAGAUACGCUUUAUGAUCAUUUGGGUCGACAUUAUUACAAGGAGUGUUAUAUCGAAGGCUCGGUGGACUUCAUUUUUGGCAACGGUCUCUCUCUUUUCGAGGGGUGUCACGUGCAUGCAAUAGCACCAGUAACAGGGGCAGUAACAGCUCAAGGAAGGAGCAGUUUACUAGAAGACACAGGGUUUUCCUUCUUGAGAUGUAAAGUUACCGGGUCGGGUGCACUUUAUCUCGGGCGAGCAUGGGGUCCUUUCUCCACUGUCGUCUUUGCCUAUACUUAUAUGGACAAUAUCAUCAUUCCUAAAGGAUGGUACAAUUGGGGCGACCCGAAUCGUGAAAUGACUGUAUAUUAUGGACAAUACAAAUGUAGUGGACCAGGGGCAACAUUUGCAGGAAGAGUUUCAUGGUCAAGAGAACUCACAUAUGAAGAAGCUAAGCCUUUUCUUUCCCUUAGCUUCAUUGAUGGGUCUGAAUGGAUUAAGCUAUAACCAUUUUCAUCAUCUUUUUUUUGUGUAUAUUUUGUCAAUAAUCUUCUUCUUUUUUCACUUUAUAAAGUAAUAUUUGUGUUGAGGAGGGUUGAUGAUUCAGACACCAUAUCGACCGUUACUUUAGAGUAAUAUUUGUGUCGAUUUUAUGAUGUUAGAUCUUGUAACUUUUUUCACAGAUCUAAAGUUUAUCUGAAACAUAACGAAUGUGAAAGGAUUUGGGCCCUUAGAUCUC